UCGGGAGAUGGCAAUGGUGGUCAUAGAGUAAUAAUGCGGAGGAACUCGGUGGCUUGUGUUGACAGCCUCCAGAGGGCCUCCUCCCAUGACUCCUUCUUCGAGGUGGACGCAGCGACCAUCGCCGCAGCAACAGAGGAUUUCCUCGCCUCGACGUCACAUCUCAAGAAGGAUGAGGAAUCAGAAGAUGAUAUUUUCAUCGUUGAGAUACCGCCGGAGAAGAAGAAAGUGGAGAAGGAUCGGAGGAAGUCGAGUCCCCUCUGGAUCGACCAGAGCAUCAGCAGCUCCGAGUCGAACAUCACCUCUCCAAAAACCCCAACCCCGAGGGAUAUCUCCACCGAAGCCAAAAACAACACGAGCAGCGAUAAUAACCUGCUUGAAAUCAGUGCCAAAGCUCUCAUGACCGACCCCAGCAAGAUGAUCCCAAUCGUCAACGGAGGAGAGAGUCCGUUGAUUGGCGAUAAGAACCAGAACGGGCGAUUGUCACCUCAGGCUCCCGUUAGACGGCGGAGCAAAGCGAUGGGCAUUCCAUCUCGGAGGAAGAUCCAGAGCUCACCUCCGAUGGAGCUUCAACCUCCUGGGAUAUCACCACCUCGAGAUAUGGACAUCACAGAGGAAACUCCGAGCCCUAAGUCCUGGAGGAGAAAGGGCUCGAUGGACAGUCCUGAAGGAUCAAAAGGAAGCUCUGUUUUAGAGAAGCUCACGAGGGCCAUGAAGCCAAAGACUAAAGUGAAACGAGAGUUUAGUCUCGGCGUUGAGAUGGGGAAGCAGGGACGGGGGACCCCGAGUGACGGGAGCCAAGUUGAACUUCGGAGUGUUGUCAAAGUUGAGGAUAGGGACCUGUUGGAUUCUUCGAGUACCCAAGAUGCCAACUCACAGACGGCGGAGGACUCUGAGCAGGAUCAGCUUAACUUGGAAGGCAAGGACCACAGCACGCACGCCAGACCCAGGUCACUCUCUGCCCGGGUCCGCGCAAACACAGACUCAGACCUCUUUGAGGAUUUCUUGUUCACGCCUGAGACAAAGUUUAGUCUGGACACGGUGCUCUCGGAAUAUGACCACAUCAUGGAGAAAUAUAGCAAUCGGGCUCUUACGCCUGAAUUUGACACUAGUACAGAGGAAGGGCUGUCGGGGAAACGGACUUCGUUCCCGCGAGCACCUCUUGAAACGGAAGAGUACCAACCGGUGCCUCAGUUCUUGGAUACGUUGAAUGCCAAUUAUAAUCACUCAUCCGAUGGAGAGGGUGAUGAAAGUACCCCAAAGAAAUCUGAUGUGCCACUAUUUAUUGUCAAAGAAAAUGAUUGUGAAACUCCCCUGGAGUCUACAAUGGAAUCACCCUCACACAAUGAAAGCCUACCUCACAGGAACAAUCCAUUAUCGUCAACAGAGGGGAGGCAAUCCUCAGAUGAAGUGAAAGACGGUGAAUUAGUUGAACGUUGGGAAAAAACUCAGAGCAAAAACUUGGAUGUGAACUUAGAGUUUGAAGUUCUAAGCAGGGAAUCUGACAUCACCGACUUUGAAGACUUGGCGGACGAAUCAGAGAGUGUCGAGAAAUCGAAAUCGCCGGAUGAUAAAUUGGACGACUCUGUUGAGACGUCUUUCGAGGAAGCCUCAGUUGAUCUAGUGGAGAUUGAGGACUCCGAUCAGGCAAUGACGCACACUUCUGUGGAUGAACCAAGCCCGGACACUGAGCAAGAGGAAUACAGUUUGAGCCUCGAGAUCGGAAACCAGUCCACUGAGGAGGACCUCGGAUUACAUGAAAUGAAAUUCCCAGACGAGGAUGAAUUAGACUCGGACAUCCUUGGAGUAAAAAUAAAUCUGGGUGACAUGGCGACAGAAAUCCGCAUCAGUCAACAAACGCUCUCCUCACAGUAUGAUAAUCUGGACGAUAACACGUCACAGAGUUCAUCUGACAGAGGGGUGGAUUUAAAUGUUAGAACAGCCUCCCCACCUGCUUUUGAGGUUGUUGAAUCCCCUUUCUGUACCCCCUCUGACGAGAAUGGUGAGCAUGAUCUAGUGUACAAUCUGGCGAUCGACGAUAUCGUGGAACACGUCAUAGAGUUGUAGUUAUGAUAAUUAGGGUGUGGUGUAGAGGUUUGUUGCUCUUAUUUGGUAAGGUUUAUAAUAUCACCCACUAGACCGUUUGCAUUGACCUCAUCCAGCCGCCAUCUUAGAGGUAAAACGAUGACGAAACAAUCAAAACGCACAGAUCUGUAUGCGCGGUGCACAGCUUUAGCCAAUUAGCGGCCGCUUUUUUACCUCUAGUUGAGGGCGCCCUGCUGGUAUGACAUGUGCAUAAGGUCUAUAUGGAUGAUCAUGAUAAUAUUCAAUACUCGCUUUGUCCUACCCAAUGUUACACAUGCUAAAGUUUAAAAUCUUAAAUCCUAAGAGUGAUUGAUUUGGAUCCAUUCUCACUCUCAACAAAAUCCAACACCAUUUAAUGACUCAACACCCAAACCUAAGUGCAGUCUACUCUUCAUUCCAACACCAUUCAGUAACUCAAAACCCAAACUGUUGGACUCUGAUUAUGGUGGUAUGCCUGAUCCCAUGUUAACCAUGAUUAGUUAACAGUCCUCAUUUAAACAAAAUUAAACAAAACAUACUGUUUCUAGGGUUUAAAGGGGUAAUGGUAUUGGGUAAAUGUGUUCCAAUUUAAUAUUGCUACCUCCAAGCAAAUAAACGCUUAGCAUCAAUAAAUAACAAGCAAUGAUCAAGCAUCACAUGGCUGGUGGUAAAUCAGUUUCUGCUUGAAUCAAAAACUUUAGAUGCGCUAAGCAAAUUUCAGCGCUAUGUAAAAAGAAAAAAUCCACUCCAUCUUUGAUCGCAAUCGGCCUUCGUGUGUGUGUUUCUGACCAAAUUUCUAAAUGCUUGGUGUAUUGUUAUUGCCUUAAACAAGUUGACAGUGCCUAAUAUAAAAAGGUAUUCAAAUGGGUUUGUGGUAUAAAUAAAGUUACGCAAGUUUUGAAAUAGUUAUGGGAUAUGCUGUUCAUGUAUUUCAGAUUCCGUGCACUUUUUAUGAAUGUGAAGGGGUUAUAAUAUAUAUACCUAUCUGCCCAGUACUGGCCAAAGUCUAUCCAUUUUAGCACUGGGCUAGUACGGGGCCUUCUGAACUCUGGUUUCAGGGGCCAAUGAAACACUUGUGCCUAGAGCCUUUGGACAAUAGUGGCGACUAGGGCCCACAGAACACUGGUGUUCCCUAGGGCCUGCGGAACACUGGUGUUCCUUAGGGCCUCUGGAACACUGGCUGGUACUUAUGGCCUCUAGAACACUUGUUGGCGCCAGGGGCUUACGGAACACUGGUUGGUACUUAUGACCUCUAGAACACUUGUUUUGCGCCAGGGGCCUACGGAACACUGGCUGGUACUUAUGGCCUCUAGAACACUGGUGUUCCCUAGGGCCUACGGAACACUGGCUGGUACUUAUGGCCUCUAGAACACUUGUUGGCGCCAGGGGCCUACGGAACACUGGCUGGUACUUAUGGCCUCUAGAACACUGGUGUUCCCUAGGGCCUACGGAACACUGGCUGGUACUUAUGGCCUCUAGAACACUUGUUGGCACCAGGGGCCAACGGAACACUGGCUGGUACUUUUGGCCUCUAGAACACUUGUUGGCGCCAGGGGCCAACGGAACACUGGCUGGUACUUAUGGCCUCUAGAACACUGGUGUUCCCUAGGGCCUACGGAACACUUGCUGGUACU